UGUCCAUCUUCAUUACCUCAACCCUCCUAUCACCUCCUCUCCAAAAUUCUAUUUCUCCCUUCCUUAACUUACCCCAUCCAAGCCUUUUCUCUCACUUUCCUCUGCACUAUAACUUUUCCAGGAAAAAUCUUCAUACAGUAUUUCUUUCACUUUCUUUCUUUGCUAGAGGAAAGAUAAACAAACCUGCUACUGUUCGUCAUCACAUCUGAGAAAGAAAAAAAAAAUGUCAGGAGGGGUUGGCCCAACCUGCAAUGAUAUAAGCCUACCAAAUGAAGGAAUUCAAGGCCAUGAAAAAUCAUCCCACCCCAAUCCUCUUAAACCGACUCGAUUUCUCACCCUCAGGCAACUCAAUUGUCUUGCCGUUAUGAUCAUCGUGGCGGCGAGCGGCAUGGUCGGUCUCGAAGACUUCGCCUUUGUGGUAUUUUCUAUCUUCUACAUGUACUUGCUUCUCAAAGUUGCCUUCCCUAGGAAAAUCUCUCCACCAAAUUCCUUGGUUUUCGAUCCAAGGAACAAGAUCCUUGGGUUGUACGUGACGGUGGGUGCCAUUAUUGGGCUUUAUCUCCCGGUGGCGUACAUCUUUCACGGGAUCCUGGAGGGCGAUAAACAAGGGAUAAAGGCCGCGGCGCCGCAUGUAUUUCUUUUGUCAAGUCAAGUUUUCAUGGAAGGAGUGGCGUUUUCAGACAGGUUUUCGAUUCCGGUUCGGGUUUAUGUUCCGGUAUUUUACAAUACGAGGAGGAUUUUCAGUCUGGUAGACUGGUUGAGGUGUGAGUUUACAAAGGUGGAUAACGAGUAUGCGGGAUCUGGUAAGAGAGUUUACGUAGGAAGAGUGCUGGCUUUGGCUAAUAUGGGGUUUUGGUGCUUCAAUCUGUUUGGGUUCUUGUUGCCUGUUUAUCUACCUAAAGCUUUUAAGAUGUAUUACUCUGAAACUAAGGUCAAAGACUGAAUACGAUAGUAGAGUAGUUGAAAUGAAAUGUUCUCAUUUCAUAUCUUCCCACUAAAGUUAAAUUGGUCUGGUUUGGUUUAUGUAAUUUUAAUCCUUCUAUAUAAUGUGUCUCUGUAAUUUUGAUCUUAUGGUUGAGGUUUCUGGUUGAGGUUUCUAA